AUGGCGUCAGGAGAAGACAGGAAGGCGUCCUUCGGAGAUGAAAAUCAGCUUUCGGCGAUACUCAGUGAAUUGAAUGGACAGAGAAGUGAAUCAAGGUUUUGUGAUGUCAUCCUGAAAGUAUGUGGUGAUCAAAUAUUUGCCCAUUCAAAUGUUUUGGCCGCAGCAAGUCCUUAUUUUGCGUCCUUCCUUGGGCUGGGGCAGGAUUCACCACGGGCAUUUUCCCAAAAAAAUCCCCAGAUCAUCGAAAUUCACAUUGAUGGUAGUGAUGGAGAUAGUGGAUACGGAGACGCUGUGCACAGAGUGGUAGAUUACAUGUACACAAGUAGUAUUCUCUUGAACUAUAAUGUUUUGACUCCUGUUUUGGAAAUCGCCAAAAUUAUGCAAAUGAACAAAAUCCUGGAAUUCUGUGAUCUAUUCCAGCGAGGGGAAGAUAGUGUGAAUUCAAAAGAAACUCAAGCCAGUUCAAGUGACGCAAAUACUCAGACAACUGUGACAUACUCCCAUCAUAUUGACCCCGAUCCAAGCAGCACAAAUGAAAACCUUGAACAACCACCGAAACCAUUAGUAAAAAGGAAAAGAGGUAGACCUAGGAAAACGGAAGCCAUCGCACCACUAGAUAUUCCAAAAGAAUCUGAUCAACAUGAAUUGAAGGAAGGGACAGCGUUGAAGAACGUGUAUGAGCAAAAUCAUAAAAAGGAGGAAGUUAAUUCAGAGACUGAGGAAGAUGUGUUUAAAGAUGCUAUCCAGUCAGAAAUACUGACAUAUGAUGAAGACAAAUUUGAAACUACGAACAUAGAUGAAGAUGUACCUGAAAGCACACCAGAUGGUCGACCAAUACGAAGAGUUCGUGGCAAACGACCAAAAUAUUUUGAAAAUUAUGUUGACAGUCCCAUGGUUUGUUACAAUGUUUCUAAAACUAAAUCUGGGAGAGAAGUCUAUGAAUGCCAGGAUUGCCCUUACAAUUCUGAAGUCAUGUAUCAUUUCAGACGACAUCGCUCAUCCCAUAUGAAUGCAAGCUCGAAAUACAAAUGUGACAAAUGUGACUUCACCACUCCUCGGCUUAAAGUUCUAACUAAUCACCAUCGAAACCAUUUGCAUGAGGCCAACAAGUGUAGUUUCUGUGAUUUCCAAGCUGAUGACAAACAAAUCCUGAAAGAACAUCUGGAAAAACAUUCUGGACAAUAUCCAUAUUUUUGUCAGUUUUGUGAAACCAAAUUCAAAACGAAAACUCAACUAAAUAUUCAUCUUCCAAAACACUUAGACAAUAAGCCAUUUGUUUGCACAGAGUGUAAUGCUGGCUUUAAAUGGAAGCAUGCACUGAAGAACCACAUGAUUACUCACAGUCAAACAAAGGACCAUCUUUGUGAUAUCUGUGGGUUCACCACAGCACACAAGAGCCAGCUGAAAGCACACAGACUGAUACAUACUGGUAACACAUACAAGUGUGAAGUUCCGGGUUGCACAUUUCAAGCAACAAAGCGACAAAACCUGAAAUAUCACAUGUUAACACAUACCCAUGAAAAACCUCACCAGUGCGAAAUAUGUGGACAAAGUUUUUCUUUGGUGAAAAAUAUGAAGAGACAUAUGUUACUUCACACAAAUACACGUCAAUAUAAGUGUAAAUUAUGUGUGUUCUCCACAACCCGCUACGACAAGCUCAAAGACCACAUGUUAAAACAGCAUGGAGAGGGAGAAUUGCCGAAAAAGAGGUUUAGAUUAAAUGACUAUCAAAAAAGUGUGGUUCCAGGAGAAACAAUAAACUUUGAGGAACUUGGUGAUGGCGAAGUGAUACCAAACAUUGUGCAUGUUGAGAACACUAUGAGCACAGCACAAUGUAAGGUUGAUGAUAGUAGUAGCGGCGAGCAACAAAUCUUCAUCACAAACCCAGCAGGAGAACCAUUUCCAAUUACGCUUACCAGAAUUGACAGUAUGGAAGGAGUUAACACUGGGUGUUACCAAACUAUCCAAUUGGUGGCUCAUGUUGAGUAGAAGAUAUAUUUACACAUGCAUUCAUGCACUGAAAAGGAAAUGACAGUAGCAAAAAAUUGUCAGUUUUCAAGGAAAUUAGCACCCUUACACUAAGACAGUUAUUACAUUAUAACAAAUUUGACAAGAUGAUAAUUGCUAUAAGUUCUUGUGACUCUUAUUUAUAUACUGAUGGAUCAUUGCACCAUUAUUAUA